UUUGUUUACAAUUUCCAAGUGUGAAUCGUUAAUAAUUUUGAUUCGGUCUUUGGUCACUGCUGUUAGCGUUAUUCAUUUGUUUCAAAUAAGAGAUUUUGUUAAGUGUUUUGUAUUUUAAUUGCAUGGCGACCAAGGAGGUUGGAAUAUCAUCUGCUCUUUUGGAGCCUUCUGCAAAGAAAACGAAAAAUUUUCCUCGAGAAUAUCCUUUCCCAAUUCUAAAAGGUAGUGUUUCAGAUGCAAAUUCAAAAAAAGAAUGGAGCUGUUUUAUUGGCUAUUUAAAAGAGGAUUCUGUUAUUGUCACAGACAAAGAAAGUAUGAAAGAAAUUUACAUGAAGGGCUUUUUCGGCAAAGGAUCGUUGUCAAAGAGUGCUCCAAAAGUUUGCUAUGAACAAGCUAUAGGUUUCAAAGACCAUAAUAGAACUCAAGCUUCUGAGGAAAAAAGGAGCACAGAAAAAGAAGUUACCGAAGACGAAGAAAUAGAAGUCAUUGACUCUGACGAUGAUAGUCGGUCUAGAGAAGGAAGUCGAGGAAUAAAACGAGAGAUUGAAAUUGUUCUGUCCGACUCCAGCAGUCAAACAUCUGACAAUGAAUCUCUUUCAUCUGAAAUGAGAAAAAGCGAGCAGCCACGAGAAUCUUCCGAAGAGGAGCAUUUACAUUUGUCUUUUGAAGAAGCCUUUUUUCUUUCAUAUGGAUUGGGCUGUUUGGUUGUCAAAGAUAAAGACCAGCCUCUAGAUUUGACAAAAUUGUGGAAUAAGUUCUGUAACCUAUAUCCAGAGCAAAAUUUUCCUGUCAUGUAUACUGCUUACCAUCAUUUUAGAAGCAAAGGAUGGGUUGUGAAAAGUGGGCUCAAGUAUGGAGUUGACUUUGUGUUGUAUAAAGAUGGACCACCAUUCUACCACUCCACUUAUGCAGUGAUAGUGAAAUCUUUAAAGGAACAGAACUACAAAGAGAUAAACACAGGUGGAAAACAACCAUUAACCUGGUCUGCUCUCGCUGCUAUCAAUCGAGUUUGCUCUCACUCGGGAAAGGGACUGAUGUUUUUGUAUGUUAUUAAACCAAGUACAAUGUCUGAAAACAAAAUUUCGACUCCAUUUUGCAUUUCCGAAUAUAAAAUAGAGGAAGUUUUGAUUAAAAGAUGGGUUCCUUCAGAAAGUCGAGAAGAAGACACUGGAUGAUGAUUAGAAAAAUUAUGUGACUGUUUGAUAAAUCAUUUGUAUAUUUUUUUCAUAUGAUUCAUAUGCAAAGAAGUUACCUUGUUUUGUAUAUAAAAGUUAAAAAUCUAGUUUUUUAUAACAUUUGUGUUUGAAAUCCACUUGUUGCAUUUGUUUAUUACAAUCCACAUUUCACACAUUA